AUGGCCGAACUUCUGCGCCAGUCGCGACCCUGGCUGCUCUCCUCCAUACGUUCACGAGCGCCAUCUCCUAUUGUAUGCGGCCUUUACCGCCGUAUAAGCACAACUCCCUCGCGUCCAUAUGCUGCGAGGAGAGGACCUACAAGACCGAGGUCGAUGAAGUCGAUUAAGAAGAGCGAUGUUCAGCAGAUGGAACCCAAUAUGACAAUGUUAAUACCCCAGACCCUCGUGGCCCCUCCUCUCUGGCGAUACCCGCGCCAGCCUAAGAAGUUCUUCCACAUGCUAUGGCUACAUAUCAAGGCUCGCUACGGGACACUCUGGGCCGUAAUAUCAAUGAAAGUCAUGUCGCAGCCGACGGUUCUCAUCAGCAAACCGCUGUUUAAAUUCCACCGAGCAGCCGCUAUCCCCACGGCCAAAGCCCUACACAUCCAAAUGUCUGAAGCUAUGGCCGUCGGCGACAAGGAGACUCUGCGCAGUAUCUGCACGCCCGAGCUGUUUCAGACCCUGGCUGCUACUAUCGAUGCCCGCCCGCGCGGAAUCCGCGCUGAGUGGCAGCUCGUGCGCUAUAGCAAUACCUGGCUGUACCCCCGUGUCGCCGACUGGCGCGUCGGAUAUCAGCCCCUACCUAACGGUGACAUGAAGACGCUAAAGCAGAUCGUGGUUACCAUCUCUAGUGUCCAGCGCAUCGCACGGUACGACGACACUAAGGGCGGUAUUAAAGUCGCUGGCAGCGAGCGCGUGCGCAAGAUCACGGAGCACAUUGUCCUCCAGGCUAGUAUGGAUAAGAACACUUUCGAGGCUGAGCCUUGGAAGAUCUGGGGUACACUACCUGAGAUGACAUAUGAGGAGUACAUAGCGGAGAUAGAGAACCUUGAUGCUGUUAUGGCGGACGAGGCUGGGAAAUAA